AUGGUGAAUUACAAUUCUGCGCACAAUUAUGUGAUGUACAAGGAUUGGAUAGGAAAUGCCAGUGAUUGUGUCAACGAUGUCACCUUGGUAUAUCGUGGCAGAUAUCGUUUUGUCGUCAAAGAAGGAGGUCGAAGUGGAGUUUACCUCCGACGUCAGGAUCAUUGUGAUGACGGAAAGGCGCUUGUGCCUGGCGAAUGCGUGUCGAUCUCGAUUAGUGAAGCGAUUGGACGCUCAGCAACUUGGGAAGGUACUCCGCCCAAAACACUUACUGCCUCCAGGAGACGUAGGGGGGUUGGCAGUGUCAAGUGCAUCAUAGAAAAGAUUGAAACUCAUUCUAUAAUUGUGGACUGGAUUACUUCUCCUUCAUCAACUAGAAGCCCUCCAAAAACCAUUCCUAAAAACGAGCUGAGCAAAGUUACUCGCAUUGAUCCCUCGGCUAAUCCACGUCCAAGUACUUGCGAUCGCGUCAAAGUUGUGCCCGAUGGGCUGUCAACGGUCUGCACUUUCAAAGAGUUCUUCGCUGAUCUUACGCAACAGUGCGGUGAUCGAUUCAAAAAGCUGAUUGCUAGAGACGAUGAAGUGCUCUCUACUCCCUGUGAGAACUGUUCGAAAGCAUUACAAAAGGAUGUGAAGCAAAACACAACCACUGCUAAAGCUGCGAAAAUCGCUCGAUUGAGCAAUUCCGCAGAGCAAGUGAAGGAAACAGAGGCCAAUUCAUCGCAAACUCCCAUCUCAUCCGAAGCAACAAUGGCUCAAGGCGAUGUGGCCCACACUGUAGAAGCAGCUUCCUCAGACGAUAGUAGCGACGACAACGAUGUGCCUUCAAGUUGCGGCAAAACCAGAGUUUCCGCCUGCCGUACCAUUUUGCGGCAAAAACGAAUGUACUAUUUUUACCAUUUGCUAGUUGCUGUAAUAGUGCAGUGCUGUUUCAGAAGAAAAUAUCCAACUAGGCGAAGAAGAUGCACUCCGUCAUUGCCAGUAGGAUGUUCUCGGUUAGCUAAAGAUGUGCUCGGUGACGGAUUCGUAGGAGAGGUUUUAUUAUCGAAUACACUAGUGGAUGUACAAUGGAUGAAUGGCACUAUCGAACGCCAGAUUCCCGGAUACAUGUUGAUUCCUCAUGAUCCUGAUCUCGAUCAACAAGAUCAUUUACCUGGAGUUGUUGUAGCUCGAAAAGAUUCACAAAAUGCAGGUGAGAUCCACAUCUCGUCUGAAGUUUCUGUACACAAUAGAGUACGCAUGUUAAGAAUCUGUGUUUGGUUUGAUACUGUCCACCAAUCGUGCGGAACGUUCCUGCGUUGUCUCUUGGUUUGAAA